CGUCAUCAGUGUGUCGGGGAAUCUGUGUCACCUACCCAGAAGAGUGACGUUUGACGCACAGUCGCCAAAAUUGUUGACAACAGAAAGAAGAAAGUACGAAAACAUUGAGCGCCUAAAUGCAAUUUUACUAAUUCACAAAGCGCAUAAAUUACACUUGCCAACGAAGCGUUGCAACUAAUUUGAACUCUCGCACCGAAAUUACGAAGGUCGUACACGUCGAAAAUGCUAUUGCCAGGCCGAGGAACUCUUCACACGCCGCCGCUUGCAUUGGCGCGCUUGCCGUUGCUGCUGCUCUUUGUUGGAGCCGCAUUGUCAGCCCGUUUUGUUGGCGCGGCAAUCGCCUCAGCCAUGAACGAUGCGACGCAAAUUUUCGCUAAUAGUUUGACGAGGCGCGUAUUUAACGCCGACAGCGGUGGGAAUGGCUGCUCUGCACGCAAAUUUCAAUCGAUGGCCAAAGCUAUCGAUGACAUCGAGGAUCUGGAAUUGGAUGUGCCGGUUAACAUCGCUUUCGAUAACCAUCAGAAGAAGAGAUUCUUGCUCAAUAUCAACACCUCAGCGCCAUUAACCAUCACUUUUUCGCAGCAGGUCGUGCGCAAGCUUUACUUCAAUCAAACAAUAAAUUUAUCGCGUUCACUGAAAUCGGAUCAACGCACGGUGGUGUUGCCCUGUGCAUUGCGCGGCCACUACGACAUCUUCGUGCAGGCCCGUCAGCGCGGCUCCAUCAAAAUCGAGGCGCAUGCAGCACAUCCCCAGUCCGGUUGGCCACUGCUCAAUCGCACGCAUCACAUACGCAUACGCACACAGAAUCUGGUGCGCAAUCGUCAAAUGAUAGUCAAGUGGGACAAGAGUAAAUUUGAUUUCCAUGCGGUGCAUUACUGCCUGGUGGUGAACACACAGCGGCGCCAAUUGAAUUUCUGCAACGCCGUCAAUGAAUACUUCUCGGGUGCGACGGCGCGUGAAACUGUUGCUGGGCCAGCCAACUGCUAUCCCGGCUCGUUGGUGGAUCACAUAUGGUUAAGACCACCGGAGCGUGCUAAGAAAAUUGAUGUACGCAACGUCAACAUUAUCUGUACUGGCGCUCAUACGCAACAGCUGCUGCGCGGUGUGCUACCGAAUCUCACAUAUUACUUGGAUAUAUUUGGUGUGCAUACACGCCGCCAGAAUCUCACCUUUCAUAUUGCCUCGACACAAGUGGAUUAUAAUCGGACGCAUCCGGUUGCGCUGAGCGACAAUAUGAUAACCAUGCGGAAAAUAUCGGGGCUAAAUGGCGUGCAGGUCUUCAGUUUUAAGGUUCCUGGAAGAGAAACCAUGCUGCCAACAACAGCGCUGCAGCUGCGUUAUCUCAUUGUGCCGUGCGGCGGCAGCGAAAUCGAUAUAAAAAUUCUGCGCAAUCGCACGCUCAUGGGAAAUGCGACCGGUAUAUAUAGGCCCACAUAUAUACGUUUAUCAGAGGUGCACAAGGGUCAGCGUUACAUAGCGCGUUUCACGCCCAGCAACGAAGACGAGACGCUGCGCGCACACAAAGUGGGACUGGCUGUCACGACAACCGGCAUCUUUCAGCACCUGCCAGAGUUGCCGGCUGACAUUACAGUCUUCGAUGUGAGCACACGCUGCUCCUUAGCCACCAUUGCAUGGUACAGUUCGCCGGAUAGUCGAACAAUAAGGUACUGCAUAAUUGUGUUCAAUUUGCCGCAGCGUAAUCGGAGUUCCAUCGAUUACACGAACUACUGUCUCGACUUUGGAAGGCGCGUGGUACAGCAUCCGCUAUUUCAAUCCAUUAAAUGUGUCGAACGUACUAAGAGUUCGCCACUCGAAACGCACACCAUAUUCAAUCUGACACCAGGUGAAACAUACCUCAUCUAUGUAACGGCGAAUCUCAAAGAGGGCAGACCGCUGCCCUACCAAACACUGCGGAUCACAAUGGGUCGUCGUUGCAGCAAAGAACUACUCGAUUCGCGAGAGCCCACCACAUACUACUGAUUGCGCGGCCAACGAGGUUACUCCGCUCCAUAACGUGAGCGACAAUGGCGUGCAAUUAACUAAGACAGUGUUGCAAUAUGCAUUUGCAACUACAACUACAACUAUUUGUAUUCAAUUAUGUGCAACUUCUGGCCUCUGGUUGAAUUCACUCGUAAGUGAGCUUUAACGAAUGCCAAAAUGAAAAUCGCACUAUUUCGCUUGUAAAAUAUAUACAAAUACACCUACAACCGCAUAAAUAGUAUAUAAGUGAGUAUGUGUUUACAUAUAAAUAUAUACUAUAUAACAGUUAAGCGCUAAAAGACGUAAGCCUCCGCCAUUGAAAUAUUGCUAAAUAUAUGUACAUGAAUGUAGUUAUUAAUAUGCAGGAUAGUUAACGGUAUGUGUUGCCUACAUUUAGGCGCUUGGUAUACCUUGUGGGGAAACUAUGUGAAAUCUAGUAUAUGUGUUAAAAUUUUUUUUUAUAAAUAAUUAGCGUUUUUAAUUUUUUUUUUUUUUGCGCUUAUCACCGUAUGUGCUCCACCGACAUUUAUAUAUAUAUGCAUCUGUUUAUAGGCUAUUUGUUGAGAUAACGGUAACAAUUAUUACUGAAGAAUGCCACUCAAAUGCGUUAAGACUAUUAUCUAUUGUGUUAGAUUGUGUUAUCGCUAAUAAGACAAAUAUUUUGCGGAAAAUUUUGUAUUUUCCUUUAUUCAUAGUAUACCACCAGGCGCCUCUCGUAAGUUCUACAUAUGAACUUGUUGAAUACAGGGAUUAAUCCUGUGGUUUUUGAAAUAUCGGAAUGAAAUUUUGCACAAGCAUUUCUCCCCCCAAAUGUUUCCUGAUUUGUGAGAAUCGCUAUUAUAGGAUCACUAUAGCAUAUAGCUGCCAUACAAACUGAUCGUUCAAAAUCACGUUCUUGUAUGGAAAGCUUUUUCAUUUGUUUAGAUAUCUUCACAAAAUUUUGCAUGAACUGUUGUCUAGAGCAAUGCUAUGAUUUUUGGAGAAAAUAUUCAGAUUAGACCACUAUAGCAUAUAGCUGCCAUACAAACUGAUCAAUCAAUAUCAAU